AUGUGCGACAAAACCUGGGAAUGGCACUACUGCAAGGAGCAGUGCGCGGAUGAAAGCACCGUUCAAAUCGUCCAGUGCAAUAAUAUCAACUGCAACUACCGACGCUUCGGCACUUUUGAUAGUGAGAAGGCCUGGCGUCCUUCGUACAACAAGUGCCAGAAACACGGCUACUACAACCCUCACGAUCGCUGUAGGGCCCCCAAAUGGAUGAUGAACCUGCUGACCAAAGGCUUUACAACGUCUCGCCAGAAGCUCCACCCAGUGCUGCGCGCCCUACUGGGUUCUUAUUCUACCGAUGUUCAACGCUGCGAAAGGCAACGUCGCAGAGUGCCGGCGCUGAGCGAGUGA